AAUUGGCGAUAUUGUGAAAGGUUGUUACCGGAAGCAAGUAUGGUGUUGUGUAGCGUGAUAAUGCUGCCGUCGGGGAACAGGAUGCUCUCAGGCCGAGUAGACAUACUGAUGUAACGGGAUAAACGGCUGCAUCCUUUGUUUUCUGGAGCCAGACAUCCAGAUUGUACGUGCACCUGAAGAGGGAGGGGAUGCAGAGGUGUAGCAGGACUUUAUCGUCAGCACCCCUGGCUUUGUUUCUCUGUAGGAGCACUCAUCGUUACCACUGCACUGAAACGAAGUUCUUUCCAAUAAAGAAGGAAGGAAAGUAAGGAGUAAAUUAGACCACAUUGCAGAGCUGGAUCGGUGCUUCCUCCUACUCCGAUAGCAGCCUCCACCUUGUGUCUUCAUGUUUUGGGGGUUCUCCGGUGCCCCCGCCCUCUGUCAGUCCCCCCCAAACCUUCUGCCACCACGGCCGGCCACGCCAGUCGCUUGGUUGCCAUGCCGACGGAGACACUGGCUUCAGCCCUGCCAGAUAGCAAGGCCUCUGGACCUGCAACGCCAUUCAGUACCCCUACAGUACCUCUUCGCAUUCUCAACAAGGGCCCUGAGUACUUCAGGAGACAGGUGGAGCCUAAUCCAAAGCGCCUCAGUGCUGUGGAGAGACUAGAAGCUGACAAGGCCAAGUAUGUAAAAAGUCAGGAAGUGAUCAACGCCAAGCAGGAACCAAUCAAGCCACCGGUGCUGAGCAAGCCCCCUGUCAGUCAAGCACUCCUGUCCAAGAGAGGCUCUGGCAUAGUGGGAGCGGGGCAUGGAGGUGUACCAUUCAAAGCUUCCAAUAACAACGCCAAAUCAGACACAUGUGCAACAAGUAGCACCUUCAGCAAACGAGAAAAUUUGAAUCUGGAGAUCCUAAAAAAUCUGCUAAACUCUUCGUCCUCUUCAGGAGCUGGAGCUGAAGCACUAGGAGGAGGACCUAAAAGUGCUGUGCUGAGAAGGCCGUCAAGGGAAAUGUCUAGGAGUUGGACACCAUCAGGGUUGCCUCUGACCUACCGAUCUACAAUGACACUUAAUGAGCAACCACCAGACUCCACUCCCAGUCCCAGCACCUCUCACUCCCUUCGCUCCUUCUCCCAUUCCUUAAAGGUGCCUCCAGUUGUCAGUGGAGGACGUUGCAGUCCGCUUAAUGGACGAAACCUCAACCUUAGUAAACAACUGCUGAAUGAGAGAGGGGGUGAAGGAGGGAGGACCCACCGCUCCUGCUCCCCUCUUCCUCCUCUGCUCACCUCCCACUCGUCGUCUGACCUCCUCCGACUGUGCAACGGCAAACAGCUACAGACCACGCGCUCAAGCAGUUCUUCAGCUCCGCCACUGGCACCAAAACCCAACCCUGCUACUCUCUCUCCUCCAACACUCUCCUUGUCAUUGCCUCCUGCUCGUACUCCUUCCUCCCCUUUGCCGUCUGACACUUUUCAGUCACUACCCUGUGACUUUGGAGACUUAGCGAAUGCUACAGUUGACCCAAACUUGGAUCUUGAACUUGGUUCAUCUGUGGCCCGUCGGUCGUCCCUGCAUAGAUCUAAGUCCGACCUGUCGGACCGGUACGCUCGGGCUGGAGCUGACGUUGAGCGUUUUUUUAACUACUGUGGCCUCGACCCUGAGGAGCUAGAGGCGGUUGGUCCAGAGAACUUUGCACGAGCCAACUCAGACAUUGUUAGCCUGAACUUCCGAUCGGCGUCAAUGAUCUCCUCUGACUGUGACCAGUCCCUGCGAUCCUCCAACGAUGGGCUGUCCGAUGGAGACAACGAAGAGGACGAGGAGGCUGGGGAGCGUGUUCCAUAUGGCAUCUCAGCUGUGGAGAGAAAUGCAAGAGUCAUUAAGUGGCUGUACAGCAUAAAACAGGCGAAAGAGAUGCAAAAGGUUUCACACGUGUAGGACAAGGCAUUAUGCAAAAACUGGCUUCUAUUUUAGUCUGGACCAGACUCAUAGAUAAAAAUAGUGUGUCUUAAGAGAACAUUUGUGAUACAUUGAUAAAUCAGUUGUCUGACAGGACAAGACAGUGUCUGGCUGAGAUAAUCUCUGAAGAUAAUGAAGUGAAAGCUUUCUUCUCUGUGGAUGGAGUAUAACCAUGUCUGUCGUUUGUUUAAGCAGUGGGAACAAGCAGCACAAACUCAUCAUCGUCCUGUCGCUCAGAGGAUAUUUGGUUUGUCGAGUCGUUCACUUAGACUAACUCUUACGUUUGGUUUAGCAACAUUUUCCUACAUAGCUCGCUAAUGUAGACACCUACUGCAGCUACGCCUCCUAACUGUAAAUUGAUGAUUGUGACCUGUGAUUCCUGAUUAAAAGUAUGAACCCAAGUAGAAUGCAGGUGCUCCACAGUGUCCUCUAUGAUCAUCCAGACCUUUACUGAGCCACCCCUGUCAUCAGAGCAGCUUCUGUUAUGCAUUCUGUCUUGGCUCCAUAUCAGCAUAGUUUUUUGUUUUUAUAAUAACAUUGUCCUCAUAUUCAGAUUUGGACAAAGAGGUAAUGCUGACCAAGGAACCAGACAGUCUCACAAAAACACUAGGACUAGGUGCAUUACAGAUUAUUAAACAGUAACGUAAACAGUCAGAAGACUAUAAUUUAAAAAAGAAACUGGUCAUGUGGCUUGAGUGAGAUGUGUGUGUGUGUGUGUGUGUGUGUGUGUGUGUGUGUGUGUGUGUGUGUGUGUGUGUGUGUGUGUGUGUGUGUGUGUGUGUGAACUCAUCCAUGUAAUAUAUAACAUGUUCUGACAUGACAUGUACAGUAGUGUUUCCGUCAGCGACACUUCAAUGACAGUGUUGGUGCAGGUUUUCUCGAUAUUAUCUUAACUACAUGGACAAGUUUGAACCAAUAACUAAAAUGUAAUGUGUUUGCAAACUGUACAGCAGUGAAAGACCCAAACGUUUAUGUUACAAGGAGUUGCUUAAGGUAUUUGAUCAUUGGAUCCACUUUGGUCAACAGGCACAGAUGCUCUUUUAAUGGGACAAGACAAGAACCACACUAAGUACCAGCCUUUUAUAAGAUUUAAAUAAAGUCCUGUUGGAGAUUUAUGUCGA